AAAAGAAACCCUAGAAAGUGAGAGCAGAGCUUGCAGUAUAUCAUAUCAAACUUAAUGUGAAUUCUUUAGCUCAAACUACCACAGGUUGGUAUCAGAAUCUCCGCACCCACUGUUUUUUUUAAACACAUUAUUACACCACCAUCUGUCUUUAAAACGACACCACAUCAACACAUUUUUGUUCACUUCACUUCACUUCCAAAACAAAAACAAAUAAACAAACUUAAACCUCUUCAACAAUGAAAAAAUUCUCCAUUCUUCUUCUUCUACUACUGAUUCUGAUCAGACAACAAAUCUCACACGCUUCAGAUUCUGACCUAAUAGACCAAAUAUGCAAAAAAACACCAUUUUACGACCUCUGUAUCUCAUCACUAACCCCUCAAAACCCUAUCCCAGAUGUCAAAACUGUAGCUUCAACAAUGGCCAAUCUGGUUCUGUCUAAUGCAACUGAUACAUUAACCUUUAUACAAGAGCUUAUCAAACAAGGAGCUGAUCCUCAGUUACAGAAAAAACUGGCGAACUGUGCUGAAUUAUAUAUUCCUGUCGUGAAAUAUAAUCUUCCUCAGGCUAUGAAUGCUCUGUUCAGAGGCAAAUUUGGUUUCACAAGCUAUUUGUUGUCUGAUGCUGGUAAACAAGCUGAUGCUUGUCAGAAGAAUUUUUCUGAUUCUGAUGAGGCUCCGUUGUCUGAACGGAAUAAGCUUAUUACCCAUCUUUGUGAUGUUGCUGUUGCUAUUCUUAAGUUAUUGUCAUAGGAUUUAUGAUGAUUUUAGUUUUUUAGUUUUAAAAUAGGGUUAAGUGCAAAUUAAAUUACGAACAAUAGUUUAUUUUGUGAUUUUGAAUAUGGUUUUUUAUUUUUUUUACGAUUUGAAUCACCGAUUGAACAUAGUAUUUUUAAUCGAUGAUUCGAAUUGUGAAAAAAUGAAAGUUAUUUGUUGAUGAUUCUGCCUAAGGUUUAUUGAACUUGGAGCAGUAGGAUUAGUAUUUGUAUUUGUGAUUUAAGGAUAUUCACUGUUGUUGAAA